CUUUUCAUUUAAAUUUAUACAACUAAGAAAAUAAAAACAGCCACAAUUUACCUGUCACUAUUUUCUUUAACAUCCCUCUUUAUCUCAUCAUCAUCCUAACUUUCUUAGAACCAAAUUUACAUCAGCGAAAAGGAUGCUAAAAUUGCUACACACUAUUUUCUCCCUCCACGUCUUGAAGGAAAAUAAUGGAGAAAAAAAUUGUGUAUAAGCUUCAGCAACACACCAGAUAAAUUGGGCCUUCACACCCCCCACCAGGAGACGAGGGCGAGGAGGCGGCGGGGGGCGGCUCUCUGGGCGUGCUGGUGGUGGAGGCGGUGGUGGGGGCGGCGGGCGCGGCGGUGUGGGUGGACGGGGCGAAGGUCAGUAUGAGGCAAAGCCAUUCUCUCUGGACCUUAUCACGAGGGAGGUUAUACUGGUUUACUGGUUCACACUGUGCUUGACUCCUCUGUGAAAUAGCUUCCAAAAACAAUGAGGAAAGGUGUUUAUUUGCAUGAGUAUAUUCAACCCGAACCAAUCUUCUCUCUUGGUCUCAUCGCGGGGGUGCUAUACUGGUUUACAUUAUGCUUGACUCCUCGAUGAAACAGCUGCUAAAAACACGAGGAAAGGGUUCUAUAUUCAUCAUUGUAUCUAACCCAAACUAAAGCAUUCUGGGGGCCUUACCACGGGAGGGUUGAACUGGCUUACAUUUUUGAGUUGACGUCUUGGUGAAACAAUUGCUAAAACCACAAGGAAAGGGUUUAAUUUUAUCAUCUGCCCAGCCCAAACUAAACCUUUCUCAGGGCAUUAUCGCAGGAGGGCUAUACUUGCUUACAUUGGGGUUGACCUCUUGGUGAAACAGCUGCCAAAACGACGAGGGGAAGGGUGCGGGGCUCAGGUCAGGAAGAUCUGUUGUGAUCCAUCUGUCCGCUCCGUCGCAGCUGUUCCCCCGUAUGUGUUCUCCCGCAGGUGUUCCAUGUCCAGAACCAAACCAUACCGUGGGGAGGCCAGGUGGCUCGCCUCCACGCGGGGCUCCACCUGGUGACGCUAAGCGAGAGGACAGGUGAGGUGAUGCGCACCGAGACCUUCCUCACCUGGCAGCCUGAGGCCAGUCGCCAGGUGGGCCAGGCGCUGCGGGACGUGGGGGAGGGCCGCCUGCUGGUGCUCGUCGGCGUGCCGGACUUCACCAAGUUCCUCGGGCCCGAGGUGGCGCGCCAGCUGGCCUCCCUCGGCUCGGUGUUCGCGGAGCGGCUCGCCAAGGACGAGGCGUGGUGCAUGGUGGCGUGGAAGGGCGCGGGUGUGUCCAGCGAGGUGCUCACGACCAUCCAUCACGAGGACGGCUCCUCCACGAAGCAGGGGUCGCCGAUAACGCUGCAUCUGCUCCUCCCUCUGAGGCCUGAGCCGCGGUGCGGGUGGCACGCCGCGCCGGGCAUGGAGCAGCACGCCGCCUUCUGCCGCGCCUUCGACGGCUACGGCGCCUUCUGCAGCUGCCACGAGCCGCCCUGGUCGCCUCGCCCCGCCUCCCCCGUGCCGUACGCGCUGCGUGAGGUGAUCCCGGUGGCCGUGGUGACGGCGCGGCGGCUGCCCCGCGUGCUGCGCCAGCUGGCCCAGCUGUGGGCCAGCCCCGGCGGCCUCCACACGCCCGUCUCCAUCUUCGUCGACGGCCACAGCCCCGAGGCGCGGCGCCUGGCGGCCCUCCUCGGCGUGCCGCUCACCGAGCACCACAACGACGAGCAACCAGGCACCUCGUCGAGGAUCAACGAGCACGUCAAGUUCACGCUCGCGAAGGUGUUCCAGGAGUAUCCGGAAGCUGACCUCGCCAUCAUCUUGGAGGACGACCUUCAACUCGCCCCAGACUUUAUCCCGUACUUCCAGCAGACGGCCAAGCUGCUCAAGACGGACCCGUUCCUGCUCUUCGUGAACGCCUUCAACUACAACGCGUACCCACACACGGCGCUCGACCCCCGCCGCCUCUACCGCGCCCACGGCAUCCCCGGCUACGGCUGGAUGACCACGCGCAAGGCCGCCGUGGAGAUGCUGGCUGGCUGGGUCCCCUUAAACCAGACCGGCGCCUCGUGGGACUGGUGGCUGCGGGCUCGGGUGAUGGGUGGCCGGGACAUGCUCAUCCCGGAGGUGCCACGGACGCGACACCAGGGCGGCGGCGGCGUCCACAUCUCGGGGUUCGAUCAGGUUCUCUUCUCCAGCCAGCCGCUCAACGCCGAAGCCAACGUGACCCUCGACGUGGACAGUGCGCGUGAGUUGGACUACGAGCAACACCUUCGCCAAGACCUGAAGGACGCCGAGGUGGUGGUCCUGACCCGCCACCCCUGCGAGGUCACCCCCCUGCCCACACACAAGACGAAUAAGACCUACGUGAUCUACAUCGACCAGCCAGACGAGAACAAGGACCACUAUGCUUAUGAGGUGGUGGCCGUGUGUUUAGGGAUCAACGACAGGGACAUUCACGAGAACCUCCGAAUGAUGAUCACCUUUCCCUUCUUCGGCAAUCAAGUGUACCUGGUGGCCUGCCCAAACUCCCCCUACUGCCGCCCCGGACGCAAAAGAGUGAUCUACCGCGCAUCAGAGAAGGACCAACUCUACGCCCUGAGGAACCCCGUGAUGAAGCCCCCCUUGAGGGUCACAUACGCCCUCAGAACUCCCCCGAAGGAUCCCCAGCAGGAGUUUGCCCUUGAGAACAGAUACGUCGUGAAUUACAUGGGCGGUGGAUUCGGCCAUUACCUUCCCACCGAGGACAGAGAGGCGUAGAUUAAGUAGAUGAGUUGUGAAAAAUGCAAUAGUAUACAAAUAAGUAGAUAAGUAGAUGGAUGGAUGGAUAGGCUAAUAGACAGGCAAACAGAACGGUGGAUAGUUAAAUAGACAGAUGGAUAAUUAAGUACACUAAUGGAUACACAGUUUAAUACAAAGGCAAAUAGACAAAUAGACAAAUAAGUAAAGUGAAGGAUAAACAGUUUGAUACGUAAGCAAGCAGAAUGAUGGACAGUUAGAUAAGUAGAUAGACAGAUAAACUAGAUAGAUACAGUCUAAUAGUAUGCAAACAAAAAGAUAGUUGGAUAGAUAGUAAGAUAAGCAUGUUAUUGGAUAGGAAGACUAAUUAAUAGGCAAACAGGAAGAUAUAGUUAGACAUAGAUCGAUAAAGUAGACUGAUACAGACUAUAGUAGGUAAGCAAACAGAAAGAUACAGCUAAAUAGAUAGAUAGAAAAGUAGAUUGAUGGAUAGACAGACGAAUAAAUAGGCAAAGAUAAAUAGAUACAGAUAGAUAGAAAGUGUUAUAAUCAGUGUGUGCGUACGUACGUGUGUCACAAGGGGGGUUUUCACAAUAUGGCGCAAUCCUAGGUUACAUAAUGCUUAGGAACCUUAAAGAUUAGUUAAAUUCCGUUUCAGUCACCGAAGUCCCUUCUUAGAAAGUAAUAGUUGUUCUCACGUCCCAUAGAGGAACCUAAGUUAUGGUUUCAAUAUUUUGCAUUCGUGUUUAUAUCCAAGUGUAUUAUGCUUUCCACUCUAAGACGGUUUUCAACCUAGUAACACACAGCAACGAUUACAUUUUGAGGAUCAUUCGUUUUUCUUUUUGAUUCUUAACAAUAGAAACCUAGACUUAGAAACCUGGAAUAUUUAUACAAGUGAAGAAGACCACCUCUCAUGGCUCAUGUAUGAAUGAAUGGGGAAGUAAAUAGAUAGGCAACAGACAUUAUUUUAAGGUGCUGGCUAUAGCGGCGGUGGGCUUUCUUGAGGGGGCUCUUGGGCGACACCAGUCCGUUAGAGGCGCAGGCGAAUUUUAUUUAUUGUGGUUGCCGUAUUGUAUGACUGUUUCUUGGCCCAUGCUGCCCCCCGGUGCUCCUCUUGACCAAAGUUGCUGAAGUUAGGAUUGACUGAAGAUCUGGGCAGCAUGUGGGUCAUCUUCCGCCACUCAGGCUCACCACGCCCACACGCUGACACUUGGGGCCACCGCCUCCUCAUAAACAUAUAGAGCAAACAUAUUUUAUAAGAAAUGUUUAUAAAUGAA